AUGGGUAAUCAUGCACUAUGUUGCCUUAAAAAUUCAUCAGAUAGCCAUCGAGAUAAGCGUAUUUUUGAUUGCGGCGAUUGUUCGAAUCAUCAAUAUAUAAACCAUACUUUUCCGAGAGAAAAUACAUCAUCAAAUUUUCUUCCGCAUAUUAGUGAACGAGAACUGCCUGAUGAGAUAGGUGAUGAUCCUUCUACACAUCCGAUGGUGCGACCUACGUUUAUGGAACGAAGCCGUAGUGAAAUGAAAUUGAAAGAGAAUCGUCGAUCUUGUUAUAUAUUAGAUUGUAACAAAUUGACGGGUUUCCUAUUAAAGAAAUCAAAUAGUUGUUCAACAAUUUUUCUGGAUGAUUCUACUAUCUCUCAACCAAAUCUGAAAAAUACAAUCAAAUGUAUAUCAUUAGCUAUUUAUUACCAUAUUGCAAAUCGUAAAAAUAGGACGCAGGAAAGGCUAAUGGAAAUUUUCGAAGAACGAUUGCAUCCAAUCAUCAGAGAUCAUGUACCAAUUGAAUUCAUGACAAGAGAUCCUGAUCAUCGUCAGAUUUAUCGUUUUAUUAGAACAUUGUUUCAUGCUGCACAGUUGAAUGCUGAAUGUGCCAUAAUUACCUUGGUUUACAUUGAACGAUUAUUAAAUUAUGCUGAAAUGGAUUUAUGUCCUUCGAAUUGGCGUCGUAUUGUUUUGGGUGCUAUAAUGUUGGCUUCAAAGGUGUGGGAUGAUCAGGCAGUGUGGAAUGUCGAUUACUGUCAAAUUUUGAGAGAUACCAGUGUUGAUGAUAUAAAUGAACUCGAACGGCAGUUUCUGGAGUGCCUUGAAUUCAAUAUUAAUGUUCCGAGUUCUGUUUAUGCAAAAUAUUAUUACGAGUUAAGGACUUUAGCAAUGGCGAAUGAUCUACAGUUACCUUUACAGCCGCUUUAUAAAGAACGUGCACGGAAACUUGAGGCUUUAAGUCGGAUGUAUGAAGAUAAACUGCAACCUGAUGGUCGACUUAUAAAUCGAAGAAGUUUUUCUGCUGAGAAACUUUUCGCAAAAGAAUAUCGGUCUCCUAUGGCACAUCAUCAAGGGAAUUGUUUUUGUGAAGUGUCGAGUAUCGAACAGGUCCCAGAAGGUAUGCGGUAUGUUAUGAACAAACAUAUUGAUAUCGAUAAGGUAGUCGUUCUCAAUGAAAGUGUUAAUGGUUCUGGUGUCAAAAUUUUUAAAGAUUGGGAGGAUCGACUAGAUCGGAGCACUUAUGUUGAAAGUGAUGUCGACGAAGAAUUGCUUUUUAAUAUUCCAUUUCGCGGCAAUGUAAAAAUUACAGGAGUUAUUCUGGCUGGUGAUUUAGAUUCGACUCAUCCUGCGAGCAUGAAAAUUUUUAAGGAUCGGCCUUCUAUGUCGUUCGAAGACACAAGUUGCAAAGCCGAGCAAGAAUUUUCGAUUAAACAAGAUCCUUAUGGUCAUAUUGAUUAUGCUUUAAAAGCUACCAAAUUCUCUUCGCUAACUCAUCUUUCAAUUUAUUUCCCUACUAAUUUUGGAGCUGUCAACACUCGUAUUUAUUAUAUUGGUCUACGAGGGCAAUAUUUGUCCAAUAUACGACAACAGGCAAGUUGUUAUCAUUAUUUUUGCAUAGCUUUUCAACGAGAAUGUGUAUGCGGAUUACAGAUUGCAAUCACUAUGUAUGAAGCUAGACCUAUGGUUAAGGAACAUAAAAAUGAAUUUCCAGAUGUAGUGGGUCGCGGUGUUUUUUGA